CACUGUAUAAAAGCCUUAAAUAGUUCCACUUAAUAUUCAGUACCAUACUUGACUUAAAACACACAUAAAAAUGUAUAAAUUAUUAGUUCUAUUUGCACUAAUAGCAACAACCUUCUCGCUGCCAUAUCCACUAGCAGAAGACGAAGAUGGAGAGCAGUACCAUCUAGUACCAUUAAACAGAGUGAGAAGACAACAACAAACCAACUACCGUUUAGAUUCCAAAGGCAAUCUCUUUCUGGGGCACAAAGGUACGAUCCUAGACAACCAAAACCAUCGCCUGGACGGGCAAGGGUAUGUCGUUAAGAAUGUCAAAGGGCAUGGUCUAAGUCCCGAUGCCGGUGGUGGAGCACUAAACUACCUCAAUAAACCCUCAAACUUAAAUCUGGGUGUCUCGGCUGACCAUGUAAGGCAUGGUGGUACCAAUGUUGGUGCUACCGCUGGUUGGAACUUCAUUCAACAGAAAAAUGCCGAAGUGGGCUUAUCUGGAAGGAUGCUUGGAUUUAUCGCCAGUUUGGAUACGAAGGACUUUUCUAACAAGGUAAAAUAUUGCUUAGUCCGUGGACCCCGUCUUAUCCUUCCAGAGGAUAAAUCGUAUGCCAUUAAUAUUGUAUGAGGACAAAAAUAUAGAAAAUGGUAAAUACAAUAAGCUUUUGAGUACGUAUAAGGUAAUAUGGAUUUGGUUCGACUUUCAAAAAAUUAAAUGUGAACAUUUAGUAAUAGGCGACAGAUUAUUGAAAUUUAUAAGGUAAAAGUUAAGAUAUUUAUAUUUUUCUUAUUGGAAUGCAUUUGUCUCUUCUUUGUCAAGAGAAGAGACACAUAAAAUAGCAAAAUAAAUUAAAUCCAUAAAAUAUAAAUACACCUUAAUUAAACACUCUAAAGAAUUCAAUUUUUUCACCUGAAAUAGUGUUUGGAUCGGCUGGAAAUAGUGUUUUUGUUUCGUAAUGUGUCCAUUUAUACCCGAAAA